GGGUGUGGUGGGUAUUUGUGUGGGUGUGUGGUGGUUGUGUGGGUGGUUGUUUGAGAAUUCCCGACGAGAGACCUGGCCGUGCGUGCCGUCGCUGGUGCUACUAUGUUCCUAUUGUUCCUAGGGGCGAUGAUGCUCGAUGAUGGCCUCGGAGCUCUGUGCGCUGCUUUUCGGCCCCGGGUUUCGCUUCGUAGCUUGGUGGUAGUUAGAGCACCUCAAGUACCUGGGUACGCUCGAUUCGCCAGUGCUGGUGCGGGACUAUCUAGGAUUCUAAGUACCUCGGACGAUCACAUCACCACACGAUGGCUGGUCAGGAAUACCCAGUUAACAACUAUCAGAAUAGCUAUUCUGCGGCACAACUCACAACAUCUGCUGCAACUGUAUUCUGCACGCUCUGCCCGGCCCUGCACUCACUCCCCUGCCCUGCACUCACUCCCCGACCGUGCCGGAACGGAAAGGUCCCACUGUCUCAGUUUCCAGCGUACCUGCUCUUGCCGCCGCCGCCGAUGAGAAGAGCAGCACCAGCAGCAGCGGCGGUUGGUUCAUGAUGUAUGUACCUAAUGUAUGAGGUACUCUACCUAAUGUACUCCGCAAUCGGAGAGGUGCUCACUGCCGGUACCUGAAAUCUGGAUAGGAUGGCGUUAUUGGAGGUAUUGGAGGUAGUUAUGUGCCGGUGGUGGUAGUGGUGCGAAAGCAACAGCUACCAGCCGACUGUUGGAUUGUUAGAGCUCAUAGAUCGACCGGGUGCCAUUGGAAGCUGUAACUAGGUGGUGGGGGAUUCGGGCUAGGCAUGUGCUAGUAUGUAGAGC